UCAUCUUUCGGCGACAUGCCUGAGCCCGCCAAGUCCGCUCCCGCCCCGAAGAAGGGCUCCAAGAAGGCCGUGACCAAGGCGCAGAAGAAGGACGGCAAGAAGCGCAAGCGCAGCCGCAAGGAGAGCUACUCGGUGUACGUGUACAAGGUGCUCAAGCAGGUGCACCCCGACACGGGCAUCUCGUCCAAGGCCAUGGGCAUCAUGAACUCGUUCGUCAACGACAUCUUCGAGCGCAUCGCCGGCGAGGCGUCCCGCCUGGCGCACUACAACAAGCGCUCGACCAUCACGUCGCGGGAGAUCCAGACGGCCGUGCGCCUGCUGCUGCCCGGGGAGCUGGCCAAGCACGCCGUGUCCGAGGGCACCAAGGCCGUCACCAAGUAUACCAGCUCCAAGUGAGCGGGCUCCUAUUUGGCUGCGAUAACCCAAAGGCUCUUUUCAGAGCCACCACUUUUUCCACUAAAGAGCUGUGUAUGCGUUUGCUCUCCAACAUUAUAAUGUUUAGUCCGGUACCAAGUUACCCUCUUCCUUGCUGUCUACUCUUCACUGAAACACAUUCUGACACUCAGAUGGGUUUUGCAGAUGGAACAGUUGGGUGUUUUCUGAAGUCUCUGGUUUUAUGAGGAUGUGGACUGCUUUUGCAAUUGUAUUAUACUUUACAGAAAUAGUCAUUCUCAAUUUUAUUGAAGGAAUGAGCUUAAUCCUGUUCUAUUCUCCUAUAUUCUCUAGCAUCUGAUGCUUUGUUAAUUGGUAUUUGGUAAAUGAUAAUUUCCUUGCUCUCAAGUAUUCCAACCAGAAAUAAAACCAGCAUCGGUUUUCCCAGGAUAAUUUUGAAUCCAGUAAAACCGUUUUCCCUGAGGGCAGCUGACAGGCCUCUAGGAUAUUGGCCUUUUUCUUUUCUGAUAGUGCUUUGUCC